GGCCUUUCCCCUCCGCAGCUGGUUAGGCUGUGGGCUGCUGCAGGGCUCCGCAGACUGGACUGAGCCAGAGGUCGCCUCUUUUAACAGAAAGGGUCAAGAAACUGGAGCAUGGCUCUGAGCAACGGGAGCCCCGAUUUUGUGUUUCUGAGCAAUGGCGGCAUCGCAACCGGCGCUUCCAGUCGGAGUGCCCUGGCGCCCGGGGACGCAGACCUCGCCGCCCAGCAGCUCCUACCCAAAGGCGCGGCCCAAGCAAAAGUGAGUCCCAAUGGCUGCGUGCACCGCAAUGGCACGGUGAAGUCAUCCUUCCUGCCUUCAGACAGCCGGAGAGUGCCUCCAGGUCUCCCCGCGUGUGGGCGUGGUCACUCGUGCUCGUUCCACCACCCGCUGGGCAGCCCCGAGGCGGGUCCCGCAGCGCCCUCGGCCUCGACCUCCUGUUGCACGCAGCCGCCCUCAGGGUACUCUGCGUCUCCGUGUGCAAACCAUUCUCCCGCGUACCAGGCCGCAUGCUGCCUGCAGCCCUCGACGCCCUUCUGCCUGCACCACCCAUGGCUUGACCAUUUCCAGCACCAGCCGGCGCAGCAGCGCAUAGCCAGCCUCAGACCACCUAGACCUUUCAAGUUGCCGAAAAGCUAUGCGGCCCUGCUCGCUGACUGGCCGGUGGUGGUCCUGGGACUAUGCACCCUGCUCAUCGCGGUCUGUGCACUCGUGGGUGUGUUGGUGCUGGAGCUGCCAGACUUCUCAGAUCCGCUGCUGGGUUUUGAGCCAAGAGGGACGACGAUAGGCCAGAGACUGGUGACGUGGAACAACAUGGUCAAAAACACCGGGUACAAAGCCACGCUGGCAAAUUACCCUUUUAAGUAUGCAGAUGAGCAGGCCAAGAGCCAUCGGGACGAUCGGUGGUCAGAUGAUCAUUAUGAAAGAGAAAAAAGAGAGGUGGACUGGAACUUCCACAAAGACAGCUUUUUCUGCGACGUCCCGAGUGAACGAUAUUCCAGAAUAGUGUUUACCUCUGCGGGAGGGGAGACACUGUGGAAUUUACCUGCAAUUAAAUCCAUGUGCAGUGUAGAUAACACCAGGAUCAGGGCUCACCCCCAGUUCAGCGACCUCUGCCAGAGGACCACAGCCGCCUCCUGCUGCCCCAGCUGGACCCUGGGCAACUACAUCGCCAUUCUGAACAACAGGUCCUCCUGUCAGAGCAUCGUCGAGCGAGAUGUGUCUCACACCCUGAAGCUGUUGCGCACCUGUGCCAAACACUACCAGAACGGCACCCUGGGGCCGGACUGCUGGGAUGCGACAGCCCGGAGGAAGGACCAGCUCAAGUGCAGCAGCGUGCCGCGCAAGUGCACCAAGUACAAUGCCGUGUACCAGAUCCUCCACUACCUGGUGGACAAGGACUUUCUGGCCCCGAGGACGGCUGAGCAUGCCACGCCGGGGCUAAAGUACAGCAUGCUCUUCUCGCCCACGGAGAAGGGGAAGAGCAUGAUGAGCAUUUACCUGGACAACUUCGAGGGCUGGAACUCCUCCGAUGGCGUGACAGCUGUCACCGGGAUUGAGUUUGGCAUCAAGCACAGCCUGUUUCAGGACUACCUUCUGAUGGAUACUGUGUAUCCGGCCAUAGCCAUGGUCAUCGUCCUGCUGGUCAUGUGUGUCUACACCAAGUCCAUGUUUAUCACGCUGAUGACAAUGUUUGCCAUCAUCAGUUCCCUGAUUGUCUCCUACUUCCUCUACCGUGUUGUGUUUAACUUCGAGUUUUUCCCUUUCAUGAACCUCACCGCUCUCAUCAUUCUGGUUGGCAUUGGGGCUGAUGACGCGUUUGUGCUGUGUGACGUGUGGACCUACACCAAGUGUGACAAGCCACACGCCAAGACCUCAGAGACAGUGAGCACCACCCUGCAGCACGCCGCCCUCUCCAUGUUUGUCACCAGCUUUACCACAGCCGCCGCCUUCUACGCCAACUACGUCAGCAACAUCACGGCCAUCAGGUGCUUCGGGGUGUACGCGGGCACUGCCAUCCUGGUGAACUACAUCCUCAUGGUCACGUGGCUCCCAGCCGUAGUUGUGCUGCACGAACGCUACCUGCUCAACAUCUUCAGCUGCUUCCGGAAGCCCCAGCAGCCACUGUAUGAGGACAAGAGCUGCUGGACUGUGGCCCGCCAGAAGUGCCACCGCCUACUCUUUGCUGUUUCCGAGGUCUCUCGGAUUUUCUUCGAGAAAGUGCUGCCAUGCAUCGUCAUUAAGUUCCGCUACCUGUGGCUCUUGUGGUUCCUCGUGCUGACAGUGGGCGGAGCCUACAUCGUGUGCGUGAACCCCAAGAUGAAGCUGCCCUCACUGGAGCUGUCCGAGUUCCAGGUGUUCCGUGCAUCCCACCCAUUUGAGCGCUACGACGCUGAGUACAAGAAGCUGUUCAUGUUUGAGCGCGUGCACCAUGGCGAGGAGCUGCACAUGCCCAUCACUGUGGUCUGGGGCGUGUCCCCCGAGGACAACGGCAACCCGCUCAACCCCAAGAGCAAGGGCAAGCUGAUGCUGGACAGCAGCUUCAACAUCGCCAGCCCCGCGUCCCAGGCCUGGAUUCUGCACUUCUGCCAGAAGCUGAGGAACCAGACGUUCUUCUACCAGACCGACGAGCAGGACUUCACCAGCUGCUUCAUCGAGACCUUCAAGCAGUGGAUGGAGAACCAGGACUGCGACGAGCCUGCCCUGUACCCGUGCUGCAGCCACUGGAGCUUCCCCUACAAGCAGGAGGUCUUCGAGCUGUGCAUCAAGAGGGCCAUCAUGGAGCUGGAGAGGAGCACAGGCUACCACCUGGACAGCAGGACGCCGGGGCCGCGCUUCGACGUCAACGACACCAUCCGGGCCGUGGUGCUGGAGUUCCAGAGCGCCCACCUCUUCACGCUGGCCUACGAGAAGAUGCACCAGUUCUAUAGUGAGGUGGACACAUGGAUCUCCCGGGAGCUGCGCUCUGCGCCCGAGGGCCUCAGCAACGGCUGGUUUGUGAGCAACCUCGAGUUCUACGACCUGCAGGACAGCCUCUCGGAUGGCACCCUCAUCGCCAUGGGGCUGUCAGUGGCAGUGGCCUUCAGCGUGAUGCUGCUGACCACGUGGAAUGUCGUCAUCAGCCUGUACGCCAUCCUCUCUAUUGCCGGCACCAUCUUCGUCACCGUGGGGUCCCUGGUCCUGCUGGGCUGGGAGCUGAACGUUCUGGAAUCCGUCACCAUCUCAGUGGCCGUGGGGCUGUCCGUGGACUUUGCCGUCCACUACGGGGUUGCCUACCGCCUGGCCCCGGACCCCGACCGCGAGGGCAAGGUGAUCUUCUCUCUGAGCCGCAUGGGCUCGGCCAUCGCCGUGGCUGCCCUGACCACCUUUGUGGCUGGGGCCAUGAUGAUGCCGUCCACCGUGCUGGCCUACACGCAGCUGGGCACCUUCAUGAUGCUCGUCAUGUGCGUCAGUUGGGCCUUCGCCACCUUCUUCUUCCAGUGCAUGUGCCGGUGCCUCGGGCCGCAGGGCUCCUGUGGGCAGAUCCCGCUGCCAAGGAAGCUCCAGUGCGGCGCCUUUGCCCACGCCUUUUCCUCAGGUCCUGGUGACAAAGGGCAGAGCAAAGCCUGUCCCUCGGAUGCACAUCACGUAGAUCCCCAGGGCCAGAAGUCGGAACCGGAGCAUGAGUUUUAUGAGCUGGAACCGCUGGCAUCCCGAGGCUGUACAGCCUCAGAGAGGACCACGCAUGAGGAAAGCUGCCUCUGCGUCGACCUCCUUGGCAGCCCAGCCGGGGGCACGGGGGUGCCUGGGCACGCAGCACACACUGGGGAGCGCAGCCGGAGCUCCAGGGGUGACUCCAGCGCUGCCCUGCUCCCGCUCUGUCCUGAGCCACACCCUGCACGCCCCUUCUCCCUGAAUCAGAGAUGCCGCUGCCUGCUCACCUACAGACUCCUGAUGUGCAGCCCACACUCCUGCCGGCAGGAAGGUGACUCUGUGUGUGGCCACUGCGCCCCUGCCACAGGUGGCUUCGUCCAGAUCCAGAACGGGGUGGUGCCUCUGCAGGCAGCACAUCCAGCCCCUGAGGGCUUCGUGCACCACCUCCCACACCCACACUUGCAGCCUUGUCCCUGCCUGCAGGGCUGGGGGAAGCCACCUGGAAUCCAGAGCCCCCUGCCUCAGAACUGUCACCUCCAACAGACGCCGCCUGUGCAGGCCCCAGAGCCCCGGGGCAAGACUGGCGAGCAUGGUGCACCGGGCUCCAACGCACGGCUUCCUGGGGCGGCAGAGUCGUCGCCGCUGGCCUGCAGGGUUGCUGCCUCUUCACGGCCCCCACACUGCGAUCCUGAGCAUGGUCGGAGGGGACUCCACAGAGACAGGGACACCGGACAUGGGGAGGGGGCCGCCAGAAGCAAAGGCUCUGGUCUGCAGCAUCGCAAGGACAGGCCUGAGAGGAGAGUGGAGCCGGGCUUGUCACAGGCUGGUGCAGUUUCGAACUCAGAACAUUUCAGUCACAGCGAACCAAAGCUUCUGUUUAACCAUUUUCUGGGGGAGGCUGGUCAUGGGCCCGGCUGGGGCAGCCUGCAGAGCUGCAACAGCACUGUGAGCGGGAGGUGCAGCUCUGCGGGCUGCCUGCUCCCAGACCUCGAUGCCAGCGUGCCUGCUGCUGUGGUGCACUCAGAACUGGCUGAGGAGAGCUUGUUAAUAAAGGCACCCUAAUAAAUACGGCCUUCAACUCAGAA